AUGACCCUGCCGCCUACUUCGGCAAAUGUUGGGCCCUCGGCCGAGGAAAACCGAGGUUCUGUCAACAAAGACACCAUUGAGCCACUCAAUGUAUCUCAAGACUCAACCGUCCGCUCGAAGCUGCGUAUCUACACCAUCUUCAUCGCUCUCUCUCUCGCACUAUUCAUAGGAGCACUGAACCAGACCAUUGUUGCAACAUCCGUGCCCUCCAUCGCCGCUGACAUGCACUCGGCUGUAGGCUACACGUGGAUCGGUGGCGCGUACUUGUUGGCCAACGCCGCAGCAGGUCCAAUAUGGGCCCGGUGCAGCGAUAUUUGGGGUCGUAAACCUGCUGUUCUAGUAGCAAUCGUUGUAUUUGCCGUUGCUAGCGUCAUUGCUGCGGCUAGUAUGAAUAUGGCCAUGUUAAUUGCUGGGCGCGCGCUGCAGGGCUCAGCUGGCGGUGGCCUGAUGCAAUUAGUGACCAUUACAAUCUCGGAUCUCUUCAGCAUGCGAAGUCGAGCGCUAUAUAUAAGCGCCAUGGGGCUAGUUUGGGUGCUCGCUGGAACCACUGGGCCGGUGAUUGGAGGAGCCUUGUCGCAGUAUGCAAGUUGGCGGUGGUGCUUUUGGAUCAACCUUCCCGUCUGCGCCAUCACAUUCCUGGUGGUUCUACGUUUCCUGGACCUGCACAACCCACGUACCAAGCUAAGCGAUGGUCUCAUGGCUAUCGACUGGUAUGGCACCGUCUGUAUCCUGGCCGUCACCAUUCUAGUCCUCCUCGGACUGGACUUCGGCGGCGUGACAUUUCCCUGGAACAGUUCGAAAGUCAUUUGCUUGAUCGUUUUUGGAAUCGUCAUGGUUGGUUUCUUCCUCUAUAGCGAAAAACGCCUAGCCAGGUAUCCCCUAAUGCCACUCAGCAUCUUCAAGGAGUGGUCCAAUAACGCAAUUGUCGUUGUUGCCUUUACACACAGCAUGACUUCCUUCGGCGCUGAGUACUACCUACCUUUGUACUUUCAAAGCGUGAAGCAAGCCUUGCCUCUCAAAAGCGGUCUUCUCAUACUACCAAUGAUCAUAACUUGUGCGAUUGGGGAUAUUACGGGUGGCAUUUUGAUCCAUCAGACAGGCCGCUAUAGGGAACUCAUCUGGGCCGGGACAGCCUUCUUGACGUUGGGGUCAGGUCUGUACAUUAUGUUCGGAACUGAUACGACCCUUGCAACCAUCAUCGGGUUCCAAAUUAUCUUCGGUAUCGGAAUGUCACUCCUAUUGCAAACCCCCACGAUCGCUAUUCAAAACACAGUCAGUCAGACCAGCACGGCAACGGCUACAUCGACCUUGAGUUUCAUCCGCAACCUGGCAACAUCCUUAUCUACCGUUCUCGGUGGUGUAGUGUUCCAGAAUAGUAUGGCUUCUCGCGCAUCAUCUCUCGCUGCCAGUGGUCUCAGCAAAUCUGCACUCGAGGCCUUGUCUGGCUAUCAAGCAGCAGCAAAUGUGGAGAUCACCAAGUCUAUCGACGACACUACACAGCGACAGGCGGUCGAAGACGCUUUUUCAUGGAGCAUCAGGAAUAUGUUUAUCAUGUACACCUGCAUCGCGGCUGUUGGGGUUGUGGCAAGCUCUUUCAUCAAACAGCGGCACAUGAGCAAGGAGCACACAGAGACGAAGACGGGCAUCCAGAACAUGACUGACCGAAAGGCUUGA